CGCCGCUGGGGCAUCCUGUUCUGGUGCCGCUGCAGCCGGCAGAGAUGGUUGAGCUCCUGCUCCUGCUGUUGCUCCUCCUUCUGCCCUUCCUUCUGUAUAUGGCUGCGCCCCAAAUCAGGAAAAUGCUGUCCAGUGGGGUGUGUACAUCAACUGUUCAGCUUCCUGGGAAAGUAGUUGUGGUCACUGGAGCUAAUACAGGUAUCGGGAAGGAGACAGCCAAAGAACUGGCUCAGAGAGGAGCUCGAGUAUAUUUAGCUUGCCGGGAUGUGGAAAAGGGGGAGUUGGUGGCCAAAGACAUCCAGACCACGACAGGGAACCAGCAGGUGUUGGUGCGGAAACUGGACCUGUCUGAUACUAAGUCUAUUCGAGCUUUUGCUAAGGGCUUCUUAGCCGAGGAAAAGCACCUCCACAUUUUGAUCAACAAUGCAGGAGUGAUGAUGUGUCCCUACUCGAAGACAGCAGAUGGCUUUGAGAUGCACAUAGGAGUCAACCACUUGGGUCACUUCCUCCUGACCCAUCUGCUGCUAGAGAAACUAAAGGAAUCAGCCCCAUCACGGAUAGUAAAUGUGUCUUCCCUUGCACAUCACCUGGGAAGGAUCCACUUCCAUAACCUACAGGGCGAGAAAUUCUACAAUGCAGGCCUGGCCUACUGUCAUAGCAAGCUAGCCAACAUCCUAUUCACCCAGGAACUGGCCCGGAGGCUAAAAGGCUCUGGCGUUACGACGUAUUCUGUACACCCUGGCACAGUCCAAUCUGAACUGGUUCGGCACUCAUCUUUCAUGAGAUGGAUGUGGUGGCUUUUCUCCUUUUUCAUCAAGACUCCUCAGCAGGGAGCCCAGACCAGCCUGCACUGUGCCUUAACAGAAGGUCUUGAGAUUCUAAGUGGGAAUCAUUUCAGUGACUGUCAUGUGACAUGGGUCUCUGCCCAAGCUCGUAAUGAGACAAUAGCAAGGCGGCUGUGGGACGUCAGCUGUGACCUGCUGGGCCUCCCAAUGGACUAACAGGCAGUGGCAGUUGGACCCAAGAGAAGACUGCGGCAGACUACACAGUACUUCUUGUCAAAAUGAUUCUCCUUCAAGGUUUCCAAAACCUUUAGCACAAAGAGAGCAAAAUGUCUAUCAUGUCCAGAUUUACUUUGCUUCUGUUACUGCCAGAGUUACUAGAGAUCUCAUAAUAGGAUAAGAAGACCCUCAUAUGACCUGCAUAGCUCGUAUUCUCCUUCUGAAAGAAACUACUACCUAGGAGAAUCUAAACUAUAGCAGGGAUGAUUUAUACGAAUUUGAACUAGCUUUUCUAUUCACAAUUCAGUUUCUCCCAACCAACCAGUCUUCACUUCAAAAGGGCCACACUGCAACCUCAGCUAAACUCCAUGAGCUCAGGAGUAGGGCUUGACCAGGCAUGGUGGAUCACCGGAGGUCAGUAGUUCAAGACCAGCCUGGCCA